AUGUAUAAAAAUUUACUUACCGUUGCAUCAGCAGAGUUAUUGGUGUCAAGUUCUGAUUUUUUGUCUGGUCUUCCAACAACUCAUUUCCAACAUGUUCACGUUACCAUUUUCAGCAAUGACUUACUUACUACUCUCAUUAGCGACAUUAUUAGUUUGACCAGGAAAAAAGGCAUUGGUAAAAACUUCGGUAUUAUAAUGCAGGUUUUGCCGAAGCCAGAUCUCGAGUGUUUCUUCGCCUACAUCCUUGAUCAGAGAAGGGAUCUGAGAAUAAUAUAUUGGGAAACAGACCUUACCUUGUUAAUUGACAAUGGUGAUGGCGAUGGCGAUAGCGAUGGUGGGUUUUACGUUUCUUAG